AUACGCGAAGGUCGACAUUGUAGUAAAGUAUACAUAUUGGUGAACAAGUGCUCAACAAAAAAACGGAAUAAAGUAUACUUAAAUAUGUUUAAUUACCAUCAAGUUAUCGUGUUUUUCUUGACAAUUGCAUCAAACGCGUAUAUAGAAACAAAAGGUUCAGACGUCAAAUGCGAGAAUGCAACGAAGUUCUGCGAAAACAUUUGGUAUUGCAAGGACGAUUCGUAUCCUGAUAAAUACAAAGCAUGCGGGCACGACGGAUUGGUGGACAGGGUGUGCUGCGAUCCAAAAUACAAACAAACCAAAAGCAGAAAAUAUUGCGAUACGAUACACAAAAGACUUACAAGAGAUGAGUACGGAAACAAAGAAUACGGGUCUACAGACUCUAUUCCAAUAAACACUCAAAGUAUUGCAGCUUUGGGUCAACGCAAUGAAUCCUCGACGAAGUGGGUGUGCGCAGGGAGUUUGAUUAGUAACAAAUUCGUGUUAACUGCAGCAAAAUGCGUAAAUCAAAGCAUAAAUAUCAUUCGAUUAGGUGAUACGUAUUUGGAGAAUGAUAAUGAUGGAAUUGAACAUCAGGAAUAUGGAGUGCUGAGACACAUCGUUCAUCCUAAAUAUAAAUAUCCUUUUGUAUACAACGACAUCGCGCUGAUCGAAUUAAAUGACACUGUUAGAUUCACGUAUUUCGUGCUACCUCUUUGCAUUUCCGAUGGUGGUCUCGCAUAUCCGUUUGGAGAAAUUGGAUACAAUGAAACUAGCGUAGUACAUAUACAGGUGUUCGGUCUUAACAACCGCGCGUGCGAUCUUUACUUUGAGCAUGAUAAGUUUGCUAAUCUCGUACCGUUUGGAUUAGACCUGGAUACACAGAUCUGUGCUAGCGGCUCUAACUACCAUAACACAUGCCAGGCGUCCGUUGGAGCACCUUUACAAAGUACUGACCUGAAUUACGACUACACAAAUUUUCUUGAAGGAAUAACAGUAAUUCCUAAACCGUGCAGCCACACUAACGAACCUGGACUUUACACCAGAGUUUCCCAUUACGCCCCAUGGAUCGAAUCUAUUAUAUUUCCUGACGAUUAAGCACAUAUUAACCGUUAAUGUAAAAUACAUUUUCAUUUUAUAGAGUAAUAUUAACUAUUUAUUGCACGUGCAAAUAGUUUCUUAAG